AUGCAGCCUCUCCGAUCGCCUGGUCCCCGCCCCCCACAUGGUCAUCAAUCCCAAAAAUUGGUGGAUGAACUUGCGGGGAGGGUAGAUGCUCUUGAGAAGUCCUCCAUUAAACCAUCUCGUUUAUCGCGCGGUGACUCUACAGAACAGGUUGUUGGUCUAACACCAAUUACCGAAGACGCACGAUCAGAUGCCGAACGACAGGAGGAUCAAGGACGCAGUUCGCAUACCCUCAAGGAACUCCGAAAGCAGAUGGAAGAUCUCCUUGUGUACCAACAGAUGCAACAAACCCAACCAAUCUCAUCCCAGAGUCCACCCUCCGCUUCCUCGAACGAUCCACCAAGAAAGAGACAUUUGUCAAAUACGUUGUCCAAUACAUCACCGGAACCUCCAGUCGCCACUACACAGGCUUCCACAGACUCGGCAGGCUCAACAGGGACAAUCAAAGGUGGCCAGAUAGAGACACCUUCCGAUCGCAAACCAGAACGGACACCGUCCUAUCCCUUCCCACACAUGCAGAGCCCACACAUCCAGAACAAACCAGUGAAAAUGGGGAUUGAACCAACAGCGCGGGGAGGACCAUUUAGACUAAAGCUUCCAUCAGGGAAAUCUCAACCUUCGUCACCAGGGCCCCAAACUCUACCCCCGGAACCAAGAGCCAUGGAACAGCAUCCGACCUUUCUACCCGCUCAUCAUAGCCAGGUCCAGGAAGAUCCAAAUUUCGCCAGUCCCGAUCUUUAUGAUCUGACCCUUCAGUUGAAUGCAGAUUCGGGACUGGAAGCAUGGUGGUCCAACCUCAUUGAUAUAAUGCAGACGCAUUACGGAGCUGAGCGUAUGUCACUCGCUGUCCCUGGAGAUGUGACUGAUUUGGAGAACGUACCUUGGGGCCAAAAGGCAAUUUUUAACCAGCACAUGGAUACGUCGUUGCGCGAACUUCAAGCGCAUCGUACAGAGAAGGGACCAUCAACGGAGACUUCUCACACACGCAAAAGCGUCAUGCAGAAAACAGAGACAGUGUUCCAACAGGCUAAAAUGCCUGGAUCUUCCCGCCCGUCUUUAUUAUCCCGGCACUCAUUCGCUGGAUUUGAUAAAAACAAGGGCCAAACUCCCCACGAUCCCAACCAACCACAGAUUUCAAAAACAAAUGUCAAAUCCGAGAAAAAGCACGUACAUAUCGCCUCCCAAAACCCGCCAUCCACAGAUCAUUCCGAAGGAGAUAACCCCGAAGCCAGAGACGAUUCGCUCAACAGUCUGCUCGGCGGCAUGCGACAGGCUGUGUUCCCAAUACCUAGACCAUUGGAGGUAGAGCCAGACCCCCUCAUCAAGCGUACGGGCGUGGCUAGGUUAUUCGGGCGUACCCGUCCCACCAUCUUAACGCGUGAAUAUGCAGAGAGCACGCAAUAUCCGCAGCGGUGGGCCGAGUCAGCUGAAAGUCCGAAUGAGAUGGUUCAAGUUACUCCCGACGUCGAUGGUCCUGGUGGCAAGGCAAUCGGGAGCGUACCGAUGCAGCAAAGCCUCGGUGUUAGUGGGUUGAAACAAUACGAUGAAUACGAGCAGGUUCCGCAGUCUCCGUGGUCUCAGUCUCCUGCUCCAUCUCCUGCGCCCCGUACACAUGCAGACCAGAAUCCAUUCUUCACAAACCAUUCGGUUGAUGAAGGGGCUUUCUCCAAGCAUCCGCCUUCACAUGACUACUCUAAUAAUCUCCCACUGGAGGCCAUUGGCAUUGAUCAGUCAAAGACCGUCAUCCAUAUUCCUCUUAUACAUGGUGGUCACUCUAACCGGAAUUCUUCAUCGACAUUGAGAUUUCCUGUUGCUGUUGUGUCCAUGUUAUGCACAAUCGUUCCAUACCCUCCUAACCUUCGACAAUCACUCUCACUUUUGAUGCCUCAUUUGACAACUUCUUUCUGCUUGGCUCAGCGAUAUAGCCAGCUUGAAAGUCAACUGUCAUCCAAAGUGGAAACUCCUCGCUAUGGUCAUCUUUUAGGUCUUGGAGGCACUUUCUCGGAUGCAAGCAGCGAACUAGAGCUUGUUGCGGGACUAAGCGGUCACGUUAGCUACUCCGCUGGCGACAAUAACAACUCAAUGUCUGCGCAUGCGAGCACCACUAGCCCUAGUGAUCGUUCGUCUGUAAAGUUCAGUCCUGCUGUUUCUGCAUUGGGCACCCCUGGAUUUGAUCUAGGCCACAUUGGAUUUGGGUCUGCAACUCAAUCUCCAGGACUGACUUCACGAUCUGGCGAAGGCGUUGACAGCUACUUCAAUGUUCCACAAAAUAAAAGCACCCGAGACAAUGGAUCCCAAAACAGACCACGACUCUCCAAGUCGAAGACCGCCAACGUGGAAUCCUCAUCACCAAUCUCUCCCGACAAAGCGGCCUGGAAACCAACCGUCGGCGAGGAUACUAGUCUACAAGAUCAAUCUUUCUAUGUCACAUCGCCACAGCAAGAAAUUAGACAGUCCAACCCGUUUUCACCACCCCAGCAAUCAUCGCGACAAGCCUCUACAAACUCGUUGUACGCCCAACUACAACGUGAGCUCCCGCGCCCAUUCUCUGACACAAUAGCCCAGCUGAUGCUGAAUUCAAUCCCGUUGCACCUCUUCCUAGCGAAACCCCAGAGUGGCGAAGUGAUAUGGACCAAUUCCAAGUUUGAUGCCUACAGACGGAGUCAACACCAGGAGCAAAGAUUUCGAGACCCUUGGCAGAAUAUCCAUAGCAGCGAGAGUGAACAUGUUCAUAUAAAAUGGGCCAAUGCCUUGCGCACGGGUGCACAAUUCACCGAAAGAGUCCGGGUCCGAAGAUUCAACGAUGAAUCGGCAUAUCGCUGGUUCAUUUUCCGGGCCAAUCCGCUGUUGUCAUCAACGGGAGAGGUACUGUACUGGAUUGGAUCUUUCCUUGACAUUCAUGAGCAGCAUAUUGCGGAGCUCGAGGCAAUCCAAGAGAGGGAGAAAUUUGCUAUUGAUGCUAAGUAUCGUGCAUUCUCAAAUUCGAUCCCACAGAUUGUGUUUGAGGCAACGGAGAAGCGCGGAUUGAUAUUCGUCAAUGAGCAGUGGAAUCUGUACACCGGCCAACCGCUCGAGGAAGCACAUGAUCUUGGCUUCGCUAAACAUGUUCAUCCUGACGAUCUCGAAAAGUGCGGCGAGUUGUCUCUCAACCGAACAUCUCCGAACGCGGACCAGGAUGAUAGUGCGCCUUAUGAGUUCAUGGUCGGAUCAGCUCUUGAUGAACUCGUGAGACGCGGCAUUGCUUCACUACAGCAAGAUGAGAAUGGCCGAGUGUUCUAUUCCACGGAGAUCCGCCUUCGUUCUCGAGGUGGUGAUUUCCGGUGGCAUUUGGUCCGUCUAGUACGUGUCCAGACCAGCAGUUUCGGCAGCGAGGAAGCCUCCUGGUACGGAACGUGCACCGAUAUUAACGACCGCAAAAACCUCGAAAGAGAACUCAACAAGGCCAUGCAACAGUUGAAUCACCAAAUGGAGUCGAAGACAAAGUUCUUCAGUAACAUGUCACAUGAGAUCCGAACCCCGCUUAAUGGCAUUCUUGGUACUAUUCCGUUCAUCCUGGAUACACAGCUUGACAGUGACCAGAGGCGAAUGCUUGACACCAUCCAAAACAGCUCCACCAAUCUUCGCGAGCUGGUUGACAAUAUCCUUGAUGUUUCCCGUGUCGAAGCUGGCAAGAUGUCAAUGGUCAAAUCCUGGUUCCAUAUCCGAUCAAUGAUCGAGGAUGUAAUCGAUACCAUCGCCUCACGAGCAAUCGAUAAGGGUCUUGAGAUCAACUAUCUCAUAGCUGAAGACUUGCCAUCGAUGGUGAUUGGAGACCGGUUCCGUAUUCGCCAAGUCCUAAUCAACCUCCUCGGUAAUGCAGUCAAGUUCACUGCACAAGGUGAAAUUCACAUAUCUUGUGGCAUGUAUCGGGAUUCAUCUGCAAAUCCCAAUGACACCCAGGCAUUCAUGAACUUUGAGGUUGUGGACACUGGAAAGGGGUUCAGCUCUCAAGAUGCGGAACGCCUGAUGCAACGCUUCAGUCAGCUUGGAGAAAACGGGUCACAGCAGCAUGCAGGCAGCGGCCUGGGGCUUUUCCUGUCGAAGCAACUCGUCGAAAUGCAUGGCGGCAAGCUCACCCCCAGCAGUAAAGAGGGCCAAGGAGCAAAGUUUUCGUUCAACGUCAAAGUCGAUGCUCCUCCACCACCUUCCCCCUCCGAGCAGCCCAAAUUGAUCCGCCAGAGUUCAAGUGCUUCAAGAAGGCCGGCAAAGUCGAGGACAACCUCUUAUCAACAAGCACCUCCUCUUGCUGCCAGGAACUCCGACUCAUCCGGAAAAAGCACUGAUACCAACCUGUCUGCCUCGUUCUCAAUUUCAUCCUCUGCUCUCCCAACCCCGGAUAUUGGCUCUGCGUCCCUGCCACCUCCAUUGGAGCAGACAAGCUCUACGGCCAAUCUGCCCGAUGCGGUCUCGGAUACAAAAAUCGAACCUGCCGUUACAAAGCCAGACACACCGCCCCGCGUGAGAUCGCCUCUGUCUCAAGGCUCUGGCUCUCCAGAUACACCAAUUGGACCAGUAUCUGUUCCUAUCCAUGGUCCUUUCUCCAUUGUCAUCCUGUGUCCGCUCAAGAACUCCCGGCAAGCAAUAAAGCAGCACAUCGAGCAGGUCGUCCCUCAUGAGAUUUCGUUCAAGGUCACAACAUUACUUGAUGUUGAUGAAUGGAAGGACAUGAUACACUCUGCUUCCAACGAUCCUUGCACCCAUCUUGUUUUGAACCUUCCAACUGAUGAUAUCUUGGAGGUGAUUCAAAUCAUAUCAGACUCGGGCUUGGAUCCCGCUCCCGUCAUCGUCAUAAUUUCAGACCUUUACCAAAAGCGUCAAAUUAGUUCAAAGGUCAAAGAGCUGGCAGCUUCAGGAAAGCAGGUUUUCAUUGUGCCAAAGCCUGUCAAACCCUCUGCUUUCUCAAGUAUCUUUGAUCCUAAUAGCAAGCGUGAGCUGAGCAAGGACCGCAACCAAGACAUGGCCCGCGAGAUCAAUAACAACUUCAAGACCGUGUCCAAGAUGGUCAAAGAAGUCUUGGGCAACAAGGGUUAUCGAGUCCUGCUCGUUGAGGAUGACGAAACCAAUCGAGAUGUCAUGCUGAAGUAUCUGGACAAGAUAAAGCUGAUGUCGGAGACUGCAUCCAAUGGACUGGAGUGCACUGACAUGGUUCUUUCUAAAGAGCCGGGAUACUAUUCUCUCAUCAUCUGUGACAUUCAGAUGCCUAUUAAGAACGGCUACGAUACCUGUAGAGAUAUCCGUGACUGGGAGCAAAUGAACCAUUACCCACAGAUUCCAAUCAUGGCUCUUUCGGCGAAUGCAAUGACAGAUCAAAUUGAAAACGCUGCACGCGCAGGUUUCAAUGACUACGUCACCAAGCCGAUCAAACACAAUGAAUUGGGGAAGAUGAUGAUGGGCCUUCUCGAACCCGGUCGCCCACUCAUGCUUCUGCGAGACCGUCUUAGCCCAGAGCAUCAACAAGCCAUCGCUGCUCGCCGCUAG